GGAGCAAACAAAAAAAUCAGAAACAUUUCCUGACGUCUUUCCGUAGGAUUAUAAAAAGGACAUGCGAAUUUGUUCUUGAUAUCAGUCGCUUGUAUGAUCAGCUUGAAGAUACACAAAACAAAAUCAUCAUAAAAAUGAAAUUUUUUAAAGCUUGUGUCUUUGGAUUGGCUUUAAUCAGCCACUGCUUAGCUGCUGAAGAAGCUAAGACUGAUAAGAAAACUAACACCAAGAGGAGCUACAACUUGGGUUACGCCGGUCUCUCCGAUGACUCUUGGGGAUUAGGUGGAUCUUCCUGGAGCGGAUAUGGUUGGGGAGCUCCAGCCAUAUCUUCUGGAAUCGCUUCUGCCUACAGUCUAGGCUCUGAAUACGGUCUCGGCCAUCACGUGCCCACCAAAAUCAGCUCCUCUGAUCACAUUGAACAAGUUUCCGUUCCACAACCAUAUGCCGUUCCAGUCACCCGUCACGUUCCAGUCUCCGUUCCACACCCAGUACCCGUAGAAGUCCCAAGGGCCGUUCCAGUCCACGAACCUCACCCAGUCCCAGUCACCGUCAACAAACCAUACCCAGUCGAAGUUCCCCGCGCCGUCCCAGUCAGCGUACCACACCCCGUAGCAGUUGAAGUAAAUCGUGCUGUGCCAUACCCAGUAGCUCAUCCAUAUCCUGUAGAAAUUAAACAAGCCGUACCAUAUUCCGUACCUACUCCAGUCAUUACCCCAGUCCAUACUCCAGUUUUAGCCACCUCCUACGCCGCUCCAUUGUCCGGCUACUCUACUUACGGAUCAUCAUGGGGUUCAUGGCCACAUGGUUCAUCAUGGAACUCAUGGCCACAUGGUUCAUCAUGGAACUCAUGGCCACACAGUUCAUCUUUGGGAUACUCUUCCCUUGGUUAUGCUAGUGGACACAGUCACGGAUUAUCUCACUUAGCUCUUUACAAGAAGUAAACUUCGAAUCGUUUUAGUUACUUAAAAUAAUAAAAAAAAUAUAUUUUUGCAUAUAACUUAAACAUAUUUCCAAACAAGAUAUCAGUUACCAAUUUAAUUUUUAAA